GAUUUUGCAUUUCUGGGCCGCGGCUGUCAAUCUCGCCAGAGCCCAGUGAUUACCGAGCAUCUCCAACGGGGAGGAGAACUGUAUGUAAACAAUACAGUUCUUCUCCCUGUCAGUUUGUGCACACUAUUGAAGCAGAGACACACAGACACAAGUAAAUACAGCACACAGUUAACCCUUUUAAUCGCCCCUCAUGUUAACCCCUUCUUGCCCAGUGCCAUUAGUACAGUGUCUGUGCUUUUUUUUUAGCACUAAUCACUGUAUUAGUGUCACUGGGGAUGUCAGUGACACCAAGUCAGUUCCCCCCAGUGUCAGAAUGCCCACCGCAGUCCCGC